AUGUUAAAUAUUAAUCCAGCUAAUCUAGACGCGAGUUCUCUAUUGAUUGAUAUUUGCUUUCAACAGGGAAAUUGGAAAGAAGACUAUAUUGUAGACGCCAUUCUAUCUAUCUAUCUAUCUAUCUAUCUAUCUAUCUGCCUUCGAUAUCUAUCUAUCUUUCAAUUUAAUAUCUAUCUAUCUCUAUCACUCACUUCAUAUCUAUCUAUCUAUCUAUCUAUCUAUCUAUCUAUCAAUUUCCCUGCCUUCGAUAUCUAUUUCAAGAUCUAUCUAUCUAUCUAUCUAUCUAUCUAUCUAUCUAUCUGUCUGUCUGUCUGUUUAUCUAUCUCACUCCCUUCAUAUCUAUCUAUCUACCUCAGUACCUAUCUGUCUAUCUCUAUCACUCACUCACUCACUCACUCACUCAAUCUAUCUAUCUAUCUAUCUAUCUAUCUAUCUAUCUAUCUAUCUAUCUAUCUAUCUAUCUAUAAAUUUAAGUCCUCAUAUAUCUAUCUAUCUAUCUAUCUAUCUAUCUAUCUAUCUAUCUCGCUCCCUUCAUAUGUAUCUAUCAGUUUAAGUCUUCACAUCUAUCUACCUCAGACUAUACACCGAUAUUACUCCCUUCAUAUCUAUCUAUCUAUCUAUCUAUCUAUCUAUCUAUCUCUGUUGCUUUCACCAUAUCGAUCCAUUUAUUUAUCCAUCUAUUUCACUCGCUUCAUAUCUACCUACCCUUCUAUCCAUCUACCUAUCUAA